ACAAAUCACCAAAGUGACGCAAAAGAUGUUCAACGCUACAGAGGACAUGCUGACUUACACCAGCGUCAUCACGGGCGGCAUUGGGAAGAUACGGAAUAUUUCAGCUUGGAUCAACAUGAACUCGUCAGAAUUUGACGGCAAUAACUCAGACCGACCAACGCAACUACUAGAAGACUUCUUCAGACGAAUGCAGCAGAAAAACGUUUGGACCAAUGUUGCUUUAGCUAUAGUAUUUAGUGCUAUUGUUUUAGUGUCGAUAUUUGGUAAUAUGAUGGUUGUUUAUGUAAUCGUGCGGAACCGGAGGAUGCAUACCGUGACUAACGUGUUCGUCACAAACUUAGCAGUCGCAGAUUUACUUAUUACAUUUUUGAAUAUUCCUUUCAAUAUUGGGAGGUACAUUCUAGACGAUUGGCCGUUUGGGGACGAGAUGUGCCACGUCAUUAACUUUGUUCAAACUGUUUCUGUAUACGCCUUUACAUUUACACUGACUAGCAUUGCCUUAGAUCGGCAACAGGUCAUUAUGUACCCCCUUAGUCCGAGAAUAAGUACGCGGCUGGCAUUCAUCAUCAUUGGGGCAAUUUGGCUAACAGCGUCGCUCUUAUCGGUGCCGUUUGGCAUGUGGUACGGUCUGGAGACGAUGAACUUAUAUUUCAAACAAUCGCUUCGAUGUACAAAAAUCUUUCCUUCAAAGGAUAUAGAGAGGUAUAUUUAUCUCGUGACAGCCAUCACGCAAUAUUGUAUCCCGCUCAGCGUCAUAACGGUGGCUUACGGUCGGAUUGCCCAGCGCUUAUGGGUUCGGGUACAGCUUGGCGACGUGACAGAAGAGCAACAGCUGUCACAUAUGCGAUCAAAAAAGAAAACCAUCAAGAUGCUCAUCGCUGUUGUAUUAGUUUUCGCCAUUUCUUGGCUACCGUUGAAUAUUUACUACCUAGUCAUACAAUUUCCGCCUUCAUCAAGCCAUAAUAUCAUGCAUUCUGGAAAGGCUGUCUUCACGUGUUACUGGAUUGCUAUGUCAAGUGUGAGCGUCAACCCGUUUAUUUAUUGUUGGUUCAACGAGGCCUUUAGGGUCGAGGUUAUCAAUAAAUUCCGCUGUUUUGUGCGCCAACGGCGGCGGAUACACCCUGGGUACGAGAUUGACGGUAUAUUAUUUCGAUCCGACCAAGUUAGGUCAAGGUCAUUACGCCAGGUGCAUACAAGCACAUUGUUCAACAACGGAAGAGCCAUGCGAUCAACAGCCAAACGCCCGACCCAAUCAGAACGCAGGCAAUACAACCACCUACAUCACCUUACCAGAAUGCUACCAAGCUUUAAAUCGAAAACUCCCGAGGAGAGAGAAAAACUGAAAUGUGACAAUUUUCUCGCGAACGGAUUUAAACACAAUGAAUCAUCAAUUCGGGCAAUAGCUGAACAUCCAUCAGAAGACAUCCAUAAGUCUGAUGACGAGUCAUACGAUUUGGAACAAGGGAACAAUGCCUUGAAAUCAGAGAUGGAGGAAAUACAGAUUGUUAUCACCGACUUAUCGGAUACUGGGGGUGCUGCGGCUAAUAACAGCUUCUAG